AUGGAGCGGCUGAUACGAAAAGCGUUCGAUAGCAGCCAAGCUGAGGUUGUCGGCAGACUCGCACUGGAGAUUAUCGAGCGACUCGGUACGAUCAAGAAGUACAGCCAGAAGCUGGUGAGCAUCCUCUGCUACCUGUGGCGCACAUAUGACCAGGUCGAGCGGCCGCCAUACAAACUUACCAGCACGCAAGACGCCCUCUUGGUGUCACUCCAGCAAAUAGCCCGCUCAGACGACGCUGCGAAGAAAGAGAAACUGGAAGAGCGAUGCCUGCGCUUUUGGAUCGCCUUGCUCAACCACAGCCUGACUGGCGACGAGCACGAGAGCGCACUGCUGAGCGGAGUGGCUGUCCUCGGCCUUAAGCCUGAUCACCAUGGCGGUGGGUGGGUUCCGGCGCACGAGUUCUCGCCAACGCUGUCUGCUUUGAUCACUACCUCGAAAGCGCUCAAAGACCCUUGUACAGCACCUACUGCGUAUGAGCUAGUUAAAGACAUGUCUGAACGGUUUAUGACGCUGUCCGACUUCAAAGGCACACCUAGUCCUAUGAAUCGAAUGCUCCGCUUGCGUACGCUAGCUAGAACACAGGCAAAGCGACGUAAUACUCCCGGUAUCGUGUCGUGGGAUGGAGAUCGGCUUCUCAUUGACAAGCAGAGCUUUUCGCUAGCCGAUCUCCGGUCGAUGGUGAAGGGACUCUGCGAGACGGUGCGGUUGCAGCUAUUUAAGGACGUCCUACUCUUGGAUCUAGACGAAAGGGGUUGCGUGCGACCCGGGACUACCCCGCUUCCAGAGGUGUCCGUGGACAAACUCGUCGAUCAGCCAGCCGAGCUGGCUACGGGCUGGAGCUUUCUAAAGCACCCCGACAACCAGCUAGAUAGAUGGCAAGACUGGCUUCUAGACCGGGUGUUGGACGAGGCUCCGCUAAGGGAGAGAUUCAUUCGUGGGAUAGAUAGCACACAACGGCCGGAACGGACGCUAUGGCGCGAUGACGCUGUAGCUAGGUACAUGAAAGGAGUGCGUCGGUUUAAAGAAGGCCUCUUCACGCUUGUUCACAUGUCUGGCGGCGGGCCUGGUCGCGGGACAGAGAUUACCUCGAUACAGUGCGAGAACAGUGCAGACGGGGUGGGGUAUCGGGGGGUGUUUGUAGAGGGUGGCCUGGUAUCCUUUACCACCACGUACCACAAGGGGUAUAGCUUUAGCAAGCGUGUUAAGACGAUCCACCGCUAUGUUCCCCGGGAGGUGGGUGAGCUGGUGGUGUACUUCCUCAGGCUCGGUCGACCGUUCAUAGAUGAUCUCCAGAUGCUGCACAAUGGCGUUGCCCGCCCUACCGCUUUCAUCUGGGAGCCAGAGCUGGAGGAGCAGUGGGGCGACGAGAGCGAUAGCGAAGAGAGCGACAACGGAGACAAGUACGGCGAAGCCGACCGUGAGAAGGCACGAUCCGCUAACCCAGACGGGUACUGGGGCACCGAUCGCAUACGCCGUGUCCUGCGCGAGCAGACCUUUCAGUACAUGAACACCGCUCUCGGCACCCGCGCCUGGCGGCAUGCCUACCCAGCCAUCCACCGAGAGCUGGCAAGAGAUGGACAAGCACGCGACUGGUUGGAAGUGCUCUACUAG